UAUGAGUAGAAUACAUGAAUGCAGCUCAGCUUCACACUUCAGCUGGGACUGCCCAGAAAGAUUGCUGCUGUUUGGAAUUCCUGCUGUAGUGAUGAAAAACCAGUGUGGGUCUUACAUUUUUUACGACUGAAUUAGAAGAAUGACAUUACAGCUAACUAUCCAUCCCUGCUCAUUUAGUUACAAUUUUUAUCGAGAUCAAGAGAAAUAUGGAACUUGAUUGCCGAAUCUGCAUUUGAUGGUGACGGCAAAACAGAUGACUUUUUGCACAGGUGGUAAGAAGGAAUAGCAGGCAAGAGGGAAAAAAUGCAAUUUGAGACAUUGCGACAGGUCUGCAAUUCAGUGUUAUCACAUUUUCAUGGGGUUUUCUCAUCUCCAAAUAUUUUACAAAAUGAUCUUUUUGCACAAACAUUGGAUAAUGCUAGAAAAAGAAGCCCAUCAAUACCCAGGGAUCAGAACAGAAGGUUCAACCAGCUGGAGGAGAGAGACGACUAUUCACAGUAUGCAACAUCAGAUGCUGCAAUGCCAAGAUCACCAUCAGAUUAUACAGACAGACAUUCACAACAUGGAUUGCAACCAUAUGAAGAACCUGAAAUUGAUGACUAUAGGGAUUCUAGUAGGAGAAAUCACAGACGUUCAAGGGAGUAUCCUUUAGAGGAAGAUGACAUGCAGAAUAGAGGGGAAUAUGAAAGGCAGAGGAGGGAAGAAGAAUAUCAAGCACGAUAUCGAAGUGAUCCUAAUUUGGCUCGUUAUCCUGUCAAACCACAACCAUAUGAAGAGCAAAUGCGCAUUCAUGCUGAAGUCUCACGUGCACGUCAUGAAAGAAGGCACAGUGAUGUUUCUUUGGCAAAUACCGAAUUGGAAGAUUCCCGGAUUUCAGUGAUGAGAAUGGACCGACCAUCAAGGCAAAGGUCUGCAUCUGAACGCAGAGCUGCCAUGGACCAGCGUUCGUAUUCAAUGGAAAGAACUCAGGGACUUAGUCCCAAUCGGCAGAGAACCACAAAUCACAGUCCUCCAACACCUAGGAGGAGUCCAAUACCUUUUGAUAGGCCAGAUAUGAGGAGAACUGAUUCAUUAAGAAAACAGCAUCAUUUAGAUCCAAGCUCAGCUGUACGGAAGACAAAACGUGAAAAAAUGGAAACCAUGUUAAGAAAUGAUUCAUUGAGUUCAGACCAGUCUGAAUCAGUUAGGCCUCCACCACCAAAGCCUCAUAAAACAAAAAAAGGAGGUAAAAUGCGUCAGGUGUCAUUGAGCAGCUCUGAAGAAGAGUUGGCUUCUACCCCGGAAUAUACAAGCUGUGAUGAUGUCGAAAUUGAAAGUGAAAGUGUUAGUGAGAAAGGAGACAUGGACUACAACUGGGACCAUACGUCUUGGCAUAGCAGUGAGGCAUCCCCAAUGUCUUUGCAUCCUGUAACUUGGCAGCCAUCAAAAGAUGGAGAUGGGUUAAUUGGCCGAAUUUUGUUAAAUAAACGCCUAAAAGAUGGAAGUGUGCCUAGAGAUUCAGGAGCAAUGCUUGGACUUAAGGUGGUUGGAGGAAAAAUGACUGAAUCAGGUCGGCUAUGUGCAUUUAUCACCAAAGUAAAAAGAGGAAGUUUAGCUGACACAGUUGGACAUCUUAGGCCAGGUGAUGAAGUAUUAGAAUGGAAUGGAAGGCUUUUGCAAGGAGCCACUUUUGAAGAAGUGUACAAUAUCAUUCUUGAAUCCAAACCAGAGCCACAAGUAGAACUUGUAGUUUCAAGACCAAUUGGGGAUAUUCCCAGAAUACCUGACACUACACAUGCACAGUUGGAGUCCAGUUCUAGUUCAUUUGAAUCACAGAAAAUGGAUCGGCCUUCUAUAUCAGUUACUUCUCCCAUGAGUCCUGGCAUGUUGAGGGAUGUUCCACAGUUCUUAUCUGGACAACUUUCAAUAAAGUUGUGGUAUGACAAAGUUGGCCAUCAAUUGAUAGUCACAAUAUUGGGAGCAAAAGAUCUUCCUUCAAGAGAAGAUGGGAGACCGAGGAAUCCCUAUGUUAAGAUUUACUUUCUUCCUGACAGAAGUGAUAAAAAUAAAAGAAGAACAAAAACAGUAAAAAAAACAUUGGAACCCAAGUGGAACCAAACAUUCAUUUAUUCUCCAGUUCAUCGGAGAGAAUUUCGAGAGCGAAUGUUGGAAAUUACCCUUUGGGACCAAGCACGAGUUCGUGAGGAAGAAAGUGAAUUUUUAGGAGAGAUUCUAAUUGAAUUAGAGACAGCAUUGCUGGAUGAUGAGGCUCAUUGGUACAAACUUCAGACUCAUGAUAUGUCUUCAUUGCCACUUCCCCAUCCUUCCCCAUAUUUGCCACGCCGACAGCUUCAUGGGGAUAGCCCCACCCGAAGGUUGCAAAGAUCCAAAAGAAUAAGUGAUAGUGAAAUCUCAGACUAUGAUUGUGAUGAUGGAAUAGGAGUAGUGUCAGAUUACAGACAUAAUGGAAGAGAUCUUCAAAGUUCAACAUUAUCAGUGCCAGAACAAGUGAUGUCAUCCAAUCAUUGCUCUCGAUCAGGCUCUCCUCACCGUGGUGACAGUAUAGGAAGAACUAGGUCAUGGUCUCCCAGUGUCCCUCCUUCACAAAGGAAUGUGGAACAUGGGUCUCGAGGGACCCGAUCUACUCCUGCACAUUACAAUACCAUGAAUCGAAUGGAUAGACAUCGAAUAAUGGAUGACCACAACUGUCCAGACAGAGAGAGUCAUUAUCUCACUCUGCCUUGGUCCCAUCACACUCAGUCCAUUGACUACCAUCAUAGAGAUGCCAGGAAUUGGGAACCUAGACUACCAUAUCAAAGAUCCAGAUCAACAGAACAGCGUCCAGUGCUAGAGCGGCCCAGCCCCCGCUCCCGAUCCACUGAGCGUCCUGAGUCAAACCUCAUGAGAUCGAUGCCUUCAUUAAUGACUGGAAGAUCUGCCCCUCCCUCACCUGCAUUAUCGAGGUCACAUGCUCAUUCGGGGUCUGUCCAAACAAGCCCAUCAAGUACUCCAGUGGCAGGACGCAGGGGUAGACAGUUGCCACAACUCCCAGCAAAAGGGACACUGGAGAGAAGUACUCUGGAUAUUGAAGAGAGAAAUCGCCAAAUGAAAAUGAACAAGUACAAACAUGUAGCAGGAUCAGAUUCCAGGCUGGAGCAAGAUUAUCAUUCCAAGUAUCGUCCCGGGCGGGAUCCUCAACGAGGCUCUGAUAAUGUCUCCAACAAGUCUUCAGACAGUGAUGUCAGUGAUGUAUCAGCAGUCUCAAGAACCAGUAGUGCAUCCCGUUUUAGCAGCACUAGUUAUAUGUCUGUACAAUCAGAACGGCCAAGAGGAAACAAGAAAAUUAGUGUUUUUACAUCUAAAAUGCAAAGCAGACAGAUUGGCGCUUCAGGACAGAAUAUAACUAAAAGCACCAGCAUCAGUGGGGAGAUGUAUACGCUAGAGAAGAAUGAUGGCAGCCAGUCUGAUACAGCAGUGGGCACUGUAGGUGCAGGUGGAAAAAAACGGCGAUCCAGUAUUGGUGCAAAGAUGGUAGCUAUCGUGGGACUUUCACGGAAAAGCAGAAGCACCUCACAACUCAGCCAAACUGAAGCAGGUGGUAAAAAAUUGAAGAGUACAGUACAGAGAAGCACAGAAACUGGGCUGGCUGUGGAGAUGAGAAAUUGGAUGACACGCCAGGCCAGCAGGGAGUCUACAGAUGGCAGCAUGAACAGUUAUAGCUCUGAGGGAAAUUUGAUCUUUCCUGGUGUGCGGUUGGCAGCAGAUAGCCAAUUCAGUGAUUUUCUGGAUGGACUUGGCCCUGCACAGCUUGUUGGGCGCCAGACCCUGGCUACUCCAGCAAUGGGUGAUAUCCAAGUUGGAAUGAUGGACAAAAAGGGACAAUUGGAGGUAGAAAUAAUAAGAGCACGAGGCCUUGUUGUAAAACCAGGUUCAAAGACACUGCCAGCACCAUAUGUAAAGGUGUAUCUAUUAGAAAAUGGAGUCUGUAUAGCCAAAAAGAAAACGAAGGUGGCAAGAAAAACGCUGGAACCUCUUUACCAGCAGCUGUUGUCAUUUGAAGAGAACCCCCAAGGGAAAGUUUUACAGAUUAUUGUAUGGGGAGACUAUGGACGUAUGGAUCAUAAGUCCUUUAUGGGAGUGGCACAGAUACUUUUAGAAGAACUGGACCUGUCCAAUAUGGUGAUUGGCUGGUUCAAACUUUUCCCUCCUUCGUCCCUAGUAGAUCCAACUUUGGCCCCUCUUACAAGAAGGGCUUCCCAAUCUUCUCUUGAAAGUUCAACAGGACCGUCGUACGCUCGCUCAUAGCAGCUGUGAACUUUGUCAUAGCAACCAGCGUUACAAAAAAUAUUAACAGGUCGCAAGCUCUGGUAACACUGCAUGCUUAAUGUUGCGUCUUUGGAGCCUGUUUCUAGGGCUAGAAAGCGAUCCUGUAUUCUCAGAGGAAGUUGCACACAUUGUGCUCUAAAGGAAGUCCUCAGGUGAAGGAGUGGAACUGGAAGAACUGAAUGGUUUGGAGUUCAGUGACACUCAACUUUUAAUCCAAUUUGAAGCCAUGGAUUAAACUAAAGAAUCAAGUUGUCUCAUGCAACAAGAAUCCCUUUCAAUGGCACGUCUAUUUUCUUGUUCCCUUUUCUUUAUUGGCCCUUUUCUGCCCAUACCCUCCCAAGCCUGGUUACGCCACAGAAAUAUGGAGCUACCCAAAGAAGUCAUGCUGCAGAUCAUUAGAAGAAGAGAAGAGAAAAGUGAGCUGUCACUGCAUUUGUUAACAGCAGAGGAAACUUGCCUUAUCAGAAAGCUUGAAGACUUAGAGUGGCCGGCUUUGUAACUCCAGCUACUAAUACAGUCAAUCCAGCGUGGACUAAGUGAAAAGUAAAAUUCUGUGGCUAAACUGUACUGUAUGAAUUAAAGACACUUUUUGCAUGGACACAGAUUAUGCUGAGCAUUUAAAAUUAUUUUCUUGGGGCUGCAACUUGCAAAAAAAAAAGAAUAAAUCAGCCAUUUUCAACAAUUUAUAUUAUUUUUAAAAAUAAAUUUCACUAGUGCAUGGUUUUAAAAGGGAGAGAAUGCAACAGGGUGAUAGACACACCAAGUUAUCAUUCUUUAAACCAAUCAUGGUCUGUGUUUUUGCAGACAACAAUGAAAAAUUAAUUUCUAGCAAAUAUUCAAAUUAUGUUUAUGGGACAAGAAAUAAAUGUAAUAUAUUAAAUUUAUUUCAGUGUAAAAGGUACAAGCCUUGUAAAGUUCAACAAUAUGUGCAAAUUGU